AUGGGUCUUCCACUGUAUCAAGCUCCGGAGAAGGCCGAAAAGAAGACCGAAGAGAACGAGGCCAAGAAAGACGCCGAGACUUCCAAUGGUGGCCUCAAGCACAGUCUCCCCGGUCUGGAGACUAUGAACCCGCAGACUCUCCGAGACAUCGUCAACUCUAGCAUGAACCAGCAGGCUCAAGAGUCCCAGCUUUCUGGCAAUCAGAUUGAUGGCGCCCACGAUGUCAACCGUCCCGUCGACUAUUACAACGGCAACUGGGGUCUUUGGGUGGCUCCAUACCAAAGAGGCCAAGUCGCUGAGCGCCUCCGCUCGGGCCAGUCCCUCCAGCGAGCGCAACGUCCCCCUCCCCUGACGCCUGAGAACAUAUCCACGAGCCGUUCCACGAUUGCUCUCACUGAUGCUGCCUACUACGACCCUGACAACUAUGUACGUCACUCGCUGCCGACGAUCCCUGACGUCGAGGAAGAAGAAGAGGAUGGAGAGGAGGAGCUCACCUCCCUCCAGAGAACUUUGCAGCCCGCAAUGGCACAGGCAGUAAUGUUCGCGCGCCACGAGAUGUUGAUGCUGAUUACGACUCCUCGCCUUCGCAGUCGAUUCACCCCCACUCUUGCCCCGUGCGAGGAGAGCGCCGAAGAAAUUGACGACGGAAUAAACCAGGCAGAGCUUCGGGACUGGGACUUUCUGAAUGCUCUCGAUGACCUCGAGUGGGAUCAGUGCGAUGAUGAUUAG